AUGGCAACAACAGAGCUGGUAGACUGCUUCGAGCAGGAUGCUCAGGAAUAUUUGGGUCGUUUGCGAUUUCGCAGUCGAUUGCGGUCGUGGCUCUCCGGAUCGACAACAUCUUGGGCCAGUUGCCUGGAAAGAGAUAAAUUCAAUACCGCAGAAUACAGCUACGACACAGAACAGCUCGAGCUGCUGCUGAUACUUAACGGGCUCAAAAGUGGACCGUCCUCCAGCGCUGCUGAAAACAGGACCUUUUCUCCUGUAGACACAGAAUCUUCCAACCUGGGCUCCAAACACGACCAGGAUCCGCAUGCCGAGCCACCGCAACGCUCUAAAAGACGAGUUUUCGAGUUGGUUCGUCGUUUCAGAAAGGCGAUGCGCAGAUCGCGCAAAGCCGAUGAGCCACAGGCAUCUUCUACACGCAGCGGUGACGAAAACUAUAUGAGAGUGCUCGAGGACUCGAAAAAAAGUGUUGGGUCAGAGUCCUUGAGUUCAAAGCACAACAGCUCACAGGAAUCGUGCGUGGCACCAUCCACAAAUGUUCUUUCACUACUACAGCAACAUCCAGGAGGCUAUCAUUCAACAAUUCAGUCUUUCCGAUAG